AUGUACGAGAAGACGCGACCGGAUCAGCUACCUGGACCUGGUGGAGUCCUCCAUCUCGACAAGUGCACCUACACUCCUCAAGGAGACGACCGAAGCAUCCUGGUCAAAGGUUCUCGGUUUGUUCCCACUCCUGAAUAUGAAAUUAAACUUGAAGGGGUUGAGCACCUUGGCUACCGGCCAACUUUUAUUGCCGGGAUUAGAGACCCUAUCCUCAUCGUCGGUAUCGAGAAAUUUCUAGAGACAGUCAGAAGGUCCACCAGCGAGCAAUUCUCAGAGCUUGGCACCGAGAGGGGCCGGUAG